AAUCCAUCAUUAAUGCCAAAAUGGACAGAAGGGCGAUUUUUGCUGCAGGUUAAGAUAAAUCAUGCUAAUAGAAAAGAUGAGUUAUGUUUGUUACACUUAAUAAAGAUUGAGGAUGCAAAGUGAAAAUUUCCCUUUUUAAAUCAAAUUCAUACCACCAGUUGUGUAGCUAAAAUUAAAAUACUAGGAAAGUUUCCUUCCUGUUCAACAUGGAAGUCGAGAUCCAGACGUUCAUCAAGGUAUGGUUUACUGCAGUUGCAGCUCUAAUGUACUGUUACUACAUCGCCACCCGCCUCCCCGGCGGCGCCACCAGGUUACUCUCUCUCCUUCCCGUCUUUUAUCUCUUCACCGUCCUCCCUCUCCAUCUUUCCUCCCUCCACCUCGGCGCCCUUACCAUCUUCUACCUUGUUUGGCUUGGCAACUUCAAGCUCCUCCUCUUCUCCUUCGAGCAAGGCCCUCUAUCCUCCACCCCACCUUUGUCCCUCCUCCAUUUCAUCUCCAUAGCUCUUCUCCCCAUUAAAACCAAACAAUCAGUUUCCAAUUCCAAAGUCAAUAAACCAGUUGUUUUUGCUCUUAAGGUUGCCCUUUUGGCUAUAAUUGUUCGUAUAUACGCGUAUAGGGAGUAUAUACAUCCGUAUAUAAUCCUGGCUUUGUAUUGUUGCCAUGUUUAUCUUGGAGUUGAGCUGGUUUUAGCCAUUACGGCAGUUCCGGUGAGGGCCAUUCUUGGAUUGGAUCUGGAGCCACAGUUCAACGAGCCAUAUUUGGCCACAUCACUGCAAGACUUUUGGGGCCGUAGAUGGAAUCUUAUGGUGACCAGUAUUCUACGCCCCACNUAA